AUGUCAAUACGACACUACACCGCUGCCGAACUCUACGCCCUUCGCGCCUCCCCUCUCGUGACCAAACCCGAAAACCUCCCCUCCAUCGAGCAAUGGAUAGAUGAGUCUGCUCAGCAGCAGCAACCGGCAUCGCGCGUCACCGCCGUGGCCAACAGCGAUGCGAAGGAGAACAAGCGGAGAAAUCUCGCGCCGGAGCCGAGUCCGAUGGGAUCGUUCUCCACGGGACGGCCGACGUUGGGGAGGAUGGGAAGUAGUAUGAGAGGGACGAAUGAGGACGUUUCACUUGGACCGCCGAAGACGAUAUUUCCGUCGAGCAGGAAUGCUGCGAAGCUUGCUGAUGGCGCGGGUGAGGCAGGGACUGCUGAGGAGUCGGACAAUGCGCGCAGUCGAUUCUUUACCGAUCGACAAAUGAACAGACGGAGUGAUCACAUCAAUGAGAAGGAUGGGAAAGACAAUCGCGACAGCUGGACACGAGCUGCUGAGCGGAGAGCGUUGGGUGAUCAAGAGGAUGGCAAGACUGGGGAGAGGAACGAUCGAUAUGGCAGACGCGACAAUCAAGAUGGCGAGCGGAGGAAUGGAUAUGGCGAAAAGCAUGACCCGCGCUGGACGAACAACCGCGACGAUCGGAGAGGUCAGAACGGAGAUCGACCUACUGGUGGCUGGAGGGAGCGCGAACAAGCGAGGCGGAAUGGCGAUCGUGGCCAUGACGAGAAGGAACCGGAGUGGAUGGAGGAUCCUGUUGUGAAGAAGGAUCAAGAGCUGGGAUUCGACAUGGCGCGGACGCAAGAGGAGUUCCAAAAGUGGAAGGACAGCAUGAAUAAGAAGAACAAGGGCGAGCCGGAGAAAGAGGAAGUUGUGGAAGCGCCGCCAGCUCCACCACCGCCUGCUGAGCCGAAGCCGAGCUUGAAGCUGGAUGGAUUCGAAGGUGGCUUCUUCGGCAGUUUGAGGACGGACUCUGCUAAGGACGCAUCAACUCCUCCACUUCCUGCCGCACCGAAGACGAGCAAUGCAAAGUCGGGCAAGACGAGUCGAUUUGCGUCUAUGUUCAAGCCGGCGCCAGAGGAGACGCCGCCUCCGCCGGUACCAGAAAGCAAUGUCCAGAAAGCGGCGAACGAUGUCGCACAGACUUCUGCUGAGGAUCAUGAAGGAUUCAAUCGGGUGUUGGCGAUGCUCGGAGGUGGACUGAAGCUUGGUCAGCCGUCGCCUGCUGCUGAGAUUCCAACUCCGGCAUCGCCUCAGCUCCCGCGCGGUAAUGGCGCGAACGGUGCAGCAGGGAAGCCUAAGAGUCGAUUCCAGAGCAUGUUUGAGCAAAAGGGUCCGGACGGGAUGCAGUCACCUCAGCAGGGCGGUGCAGAGAUGUUUGAAGGAGGCCGAGACGAGUCUGUCGGUCGACAGGAACAGCCCUCGCGAUCUCAGCCUCCCGAACAGACCAUGUCACCGGAGCCGAGCAACAUGUUCAACGCGCUUCGGGAGCAACAGCCUCGUCCGUCGUCAGGACGAGUGAACGACCUGGCGAUGUUCGAUCCUCCAUCGCGCGGCGCGGCCUCGCCGGACAUCAACAUCCAAAACCUCCUCGCUCAGCAGCGGCAACGCCCUCAAGUGACGAGCAACGAGAGCCAGCAACUUCUGAACCUCCUGCGAAAGUCGGAUCCCAAUCAGCAGUCUCGCCCUCAAUCUCAGCAGAUGCACCACCAACCGACCAACUCUAGCAGCGGUAUGAAUCCUCCGGACCUGCAACGCUGGCUUGAUCAACAACACGCCGCCCACAAUCCUCAAGAUCCGCCUCACGCUCCGCAACCGCGCAUGCCUCAACAACCACCUGGUCUCUUCGAGAAGCGCAUCAUGCACAACUACGCACCGGAUCACAACGAGCAAGGUGCGCCACACGGAAUGCCGCCUGGCCUCCUCCCCGAUCAGCGUAGAACAUUGCAGCGCGCGCCACCAGGUCUGUACGAUGACCAAGCAUUCUUCUUACAUCAGCAGCGACAGCAAGAACAGCAACAUGCUGCACUGCGACGGGAUGGACCCCCAGGACAACAAAAUCUCCUACCUGGCAGCAACGCAAGACGUGGUCUUCCACAGCAGGGCUUCCCCGGCCCACCGCCUCCACCAGGCGCAUAUUCACAACAACCCGACUUCCACCAAUACAUGACUUCCCCACCCGCCAACUCCGCCGCCGGAGGAGGACCGACAUCGUCAGGCCCGCCUCCACCUGGUUUCAACGCGAUGAUGCCCCGCCAUCCACCAGGCUUCCCGAACAUCUUCCAGGGAGCGCGGGACCCGCAAGGCCAGCAGCAAGGACAAGGUCAGAUGAUGAGUCCACCACCUCCACCUCCCAACGGCGGCAUGGGUGGUCCACCGCCAGGAUUCUUCGGAGGACCGCCUCCUCCCCCGGGCAUGGGUGGUCCACCACCAGGAUUCAUGGGUCUUCCGCAGCAAGUUGGCAGAGGACAAGGGAGAGGAUUCGAGUACGGUGUUGAGGGUGGAGGCAGACGAUGA